CGAGAAGUUUGGAUUUGUUUGCAAGCCCGGCGAGUAUUGUGGGGCACCAACCCAAAUAAUAGAUGCGCUGUGCUUCGGAGAGAUUUGUAUACGGGGCGUGCCUGUGGUGAGAGGUGAUGAUGGCAUGUAGCACAUCUCUAUGGAGCCGUUUAAACUGACACUCCAGCAGAUAACAUUUGACCAGGAUCAGUUUGAGUACGCACCCCAGCUCGACUCAUUCGACGCUGUCAUCAACUACGACUCCUGUUUCUCAACCAAUUCCACACCUGCUGCAGCAGUAGAGACCAGCACAACAUCGAGUACAACUACUGCAUCACCUCUGCUGCACCCAGGAACACAAGCGAGCUACUACCAGACUCACACACCCCAGCCUGUUGCAUACCAGAUCGACCCGGUGUGGUCCGACUGUUCGGGCAGUCCACCACACCAGCGAUACCUCGUCAACCCCGACGACAGCUACAUCAAACUUACUGACCCACAGAAUGGGCACUGUGUGCCUAGCACAGCAGCAGCGGACAUAGCAUUCCUGUCCCAGGUAACUGCCAAUACUGCAGCUGUCAGGCAGCACAUCUCCAAGAAGAAGAGGAAGUUUGUGGGGAGAACCACAGUGAUCAACUCUACAUCCACUGCUGUCACCACCAUGCCAUCCGAGACCACAUCACCGCCCCCGAACAAACCAGCUGUUCCCGAGGGGGAGGAGAACAGUUCCUUCGAGACCGUUGCAGAAGCUCUGCGAUUACAGUGGUCUGUUAUAGGUAACAAAGACAUCACUCCAGCAUCACCAGAUGUUGUUGCUCAAAUUGUUGCUGAGGCAGAGAAGAAACUCAAAGCUGUUGAUGGAUCAGGGACCACAACUCCUGUGCUAGACUCAUCAAGGGGGACAACUCCUAUUUUACCAGGAGGGACAACUCCUACCACACCAACUCCAGGGGGAACAACUCCUACCACACCAACUCCAAGGGGAACAACUCCUACCACACCAACUCCAAGGGGAACAACUCCUACCCCACCAACUCCAAGGGGAACAACUCCUGUUGUGCCUGAAGCAACAAACACAAAUCUUCCAAAUCCUGGUGCUACACACAAUAAUUCACAGGUGCCAAGUCCAACUUUGUCGCCUCAAUCACCAACAGCUGAAGUGAUCAAACACGAUACUACUGACACCGCCCUCACUGGCAGGGAAACUCCACAGAGUGCAGAUACUGCUGAGCCCAAGGAACUGAUCCUCAUCCCUGCAGGAUCUCUCACUCGCACCACCACCAAGGAGAAGUCUGGUUGGUUCGGGGGCAAGGACUCUAAGGGAGCAAAGUCGGGGCUGAAGGGUGACAAGAAGAAGUCGGAUAAGCAGAGGAAGGUGUCUGAGGACAGUGUACAGGAUGGGCCCGUGAAUGGUUCUGGGAGUGUGAGUGACAGGACGGACGAUACCAGGAGUGUGUCCAGUAUCUCCAGCGAGCAGGAGUUGGAGAAAUACAACCAGUCUGAAACCGACUCCUUCCUGAAAUCUUUGCCUCCUGUUAAAUCAGUUGACAUGAGUCAGUUUGUGCAGCAUAGACACUCGCCUCCUGUGAAGGAAACCUCUUUUAAACCUGUACAUAAUGCAACAAGUCCUGCCCAACAAGCCAAAGUCACAUCCUCGGAUUCGGGAGUGGACAUGGAUGUUAGUUCCCUUUUGCAACAUCCGCUUACAUCUACACCUUAUGCAAUUCCAGUGAACAAACCGCAAAUAUUUGUUCCUCAAAUCGGCCCGUUGUUUCCAAAGACAGAGCAGGUUGUGUACAAUACUAGCUCACUGCUUCAGCGUCCUGUGAAGACAAGCAAAUACGGUGAUGCAAGUCCAGCUAUGAAGAAGCAGCUGGAUGAGGUCCUGAGAGAGAAGGCCAAGCUGGAAGGACAGCUGGAGGUGCUGACACAUGAGGCUCAGUCCACACUCCAGGAGAGAGCUGAGUUACAAGCCCAGCUGGCCUCUCUAAGACUCAAGAUUUUGUCUCACAAAGGGGGAGAGCAUGAUCCAGAAAAAGAGUCCCUUAAGCAUGAGGUUAAUAUGCUGAAGAAGUCACGAGAAACCUUGGAGCAGUCAGCAAGAGAGAUUCAAAAACUCCUAGAGGAGAAAAUCGAAGAAAGUAAAAUCUCCCAUGAAGAACUUCAAAUGACUCAGGAGGCUCAUGACAAGCUGCAGCUCAGAAUGAAAGAUCUGAGAGAUGAUAUCAUGUCUAAAGGAGUAGCAGUACAGGCCCUGAAGAACAAGGUAGCUGAGCUGUAUGUUGAAGUGCAAAACGGACUACAGGUUAAAGUGGAGUUUGAAAAUGAGACAAAAUCUGCCAAAAGUGAUCUUGUGUCUCUUCUGAAGACGAAGGAAUGGUACCAGCAGCAGCUACAAUUAGCUCAUGAUGUCAGGUCACAGCUCCAGAAGGAGUUGACUAUACUACAAGCCCAGAGUGUCAGCCAGGGAACAAUUGUUGAGAGGUUGAAAACAGACAAUGCUAGGCUAAGGGUGCAGCUGACUGAUGCUCAGCACAGAGCUCUGAAACAGAAAGAGAUGCUGGCCAAGCAUCUUGAAACAAUUGAAUCUGACAUGAUGGAACGUGAGGCUGCUUUCCAGGAGAUUCAGAGAGAGAGGGCAAUGAUUGAGGAUACUUUCAAUACACAAAUUACCUCAGCUGAAGAUGAAAGGUCGAGACUGACUCUUCUCAUGCAAAUUAACAAUGACCUGCAAGCCAGGCUGGACAAGGCUCAGGAAGACCUGAAGAAGAAGCAUGGGCAGAUAUUUGCCAUGGAGAAUGAACAGAUGGAGUUGAUGAAGAAGAUGACUCUAUCCCAGGAAACACUGAUGGAGAAGGAGAAGGAGCUUGAGGAUGUGAAUCAGAAGCUGAUUGAAGUUGAGGCUCAACUGAAGGCCUUCCAGGCAGAGAUCACACGGAAGGACAAGGAGAUCCUUCAGCUGAGGGAGGAGAAGGCAUCAGCAGAGAUCUUGUACCAGGCUGUGAAGGAGGAGAAGACGGUGGUGGAUGAAGCCUUGGGGAAACUUCAGAAGGAUAUGUUCAAGGUGGAGAAGAGCUUCAAGAUGAUGAAGAGUGAACUCAGUAUGAAGCUGGCUGAGUUAGAGAAGGUGAACUCAGACAAGUCUCAACUUCAGAGGGAGCUGGAGACAAUGAGGAAGGAUCUCAAUAUAAAAAACCGUAGCUAUGACUCAAUGCAUAAGGAUUAUAAUGGUAAGUCAACUCAGGUGCAACAGUUAGAGAUUCACAAGAACUCUUUGGAGAGUGAUGUGAAAAUGUUGAAGGAACAGUUAGCUGCGAUUCUGUCAACUCAGGAUACGAGUGUGACCGAGAGAAAUGCAUUGAUUAUGGAGCUUUCAGAAACAAAACAAAGGCUAGAGGCAGCAAAUCAACAAGGCACAGUGAAGGUGGACAGUGUCAGUGUGCAGCAGAGUAGUGCUAGUGUUGUGUCGGAUGAGAGGUACGAGGAAAUCUCCAAGGAGAACCAGGCUGUCAAUGACAGAUUAGCAGAAUCAGAACAGAGGCGAGAGCUUGAGAGAGAGAAACACAGUGAGCACAGUGAACAGCUUAAUAACGACCUCACCUCUCUGAAGGAAGAGUUGACGAGAAGGCAGGAGGCGUUUGAGGAAAAUGUUGAGACGCUGAGUUCCCGCCUACGUGAGGUGAUGUCCGAGAAGGAGAAGGUGCAGACAGAGCUGGAGAUGAUGCAGAGAAAAUUUGAGAUCAGUUCCAUUGAACAGCAGGACCAGAUGAGGACAGAGCUACAGAGUCUGGCCAGUGAGUUGGCAACAUCCCGCCUAUCACAGCAAGAACUUCACAGUCAACUCAUAGCUCUACAACAUGCCAAGGAGACAGAAGUUGCCACACUGAGGCAGGAGUUGUCUGCCCUUGAAGCUGCUCUCCAGCAGGAGAGGGAGGAAGAGAGUGAGAGGGAGAAGACUGACGAACUGAACCAGCAGCUGUCCCUGGAGCUGGAGAAGGAGCGAGGCAGAUUGGCAGGUUUAGUGCAGAACAACAGUUCCUUGAAGCAGCAUGUGUCUCAGCUGGAGGAGGCCCUGGCCCGGAGAGAGUCAUCCCUGGUGGAGGUCCACGCCCAGCUGAGCGAUGCCAUGGCUGGACAGGACACCGUCCAGCAGGACUACCUCCGCCGUAUCCAGGGUCUCGAGGACCUCCUUCAGAAGGAGAAGGAUGGCCAGAGGGACCUCAGGAAGCAGAUCGGGACAAAGAUAUCCGAGAACAAGCGUCUGAAGAAACAGUCAGAAGCUUCCAAGCAGGACCAGGAGCAGUUGCGACAGGACGUACAGACCCGGGAUGCAACGCUGAACCAGCUGCAGGCUGACCUGGACUCCAGCAGACAGACGGCGUUGAGCCACCAGGCCCAGGUGACCAGCCUUGCGUCGACCAACAAGGGGCUGGAGCAGGAGCUGGAGAGGGUGAGGCGGGAUCUUGCGGACAACAUCGCGCGCAACCCGCUCAUCAUGGAGCAGAUUCAGUCCCUGCAGUGGCAGCUGCAGCAGAAGGCGGUGGAGGUGGACCAGCUGCAGGAACAGCUGCGACUGGCGGAGCUCCGGCAGCACACGGAGCUGGACAGCAUGCGGAAGACCCUGCAGGAAAAGCAGGAAGAGAUUGACACCCUGAAGGCGGAGAUGGCAGCCAUUAGGAAGGACAAGCUGAGUCAGAAGACCCGAGUCACGGAACUCCGGAGUGCCCUCAAGUCAUCUGUGCAGCACCAUAAGCUUGCAAAGAAGAUCAUUUCGAAGAAAAAAGAGCUGCAGAUGGGGGCAGGUGAUGGGCUAGUUACAUCCAGCGGCGAGGACAAGGGGACGCAGGUCAACUUUGACAUCCCCCUCCCCCUCCCGGCCCCGUCCUUUGACCUGGAGGCUGUGGAGAGACUCCUGCAGGACACGUCAGUGAAGGCCCUGGAAAGCAAACCCCUGGACAACCUUCAGACCUGUCUGAGCUCGCUGAGGUCAGAGAUCUCCGGACUGCAGAGGCAGAUGGACGUCCACACCACCACGGUCCACACCUCAAACAAAAGCUGGAGGAGCAUCGAGUCCGAAGUCAAUGAGCUCCGAGAGGUCGUGAAGACAGUAGCCAACACAACCCUAGCAGCAACAACAGCGACAACAUCCAACGCCGCGGACGUUGUCCAGACACAGUCAGAUGUUGUGGACAUUUAGAUCAGCACACAUAGUGCCAACUGACACCACUCCUGUUGCCAGGGUUUCAGUGUAGGUGACCCAGAUGCACCACAGAAUCUCAUAGCGUGAUGUAGCUAUCUACGUCAGUGCUCACCACACCAUCGUUGUUAAAAUUUGUUGAAAUUCACAAAAUGGGAGUGAUGCAGAUUUUAACGGCUCUGAAUUUGAAAGUUGGGUGACAUUGUGUGAGAGUGAAUGUAAGGAGUGACAGAUUAUCCCUAGCUACUUUCAUUGUGCCCUGAAAUCAUCUUUUGAUGUCCGUUUAUAUGGGUUACAAGCUUGUACAUAGCAGUCAUGUAUGGGGAGUAGCAGUGUGUUGGAGUCAUCACGGGGUGAGUUCAAACCAUGCUUUUAACAAGGUGACAGAUAUGUGUAUAUAUUUAUUUAUUUAAUGACGUUCAGAAGCAUGUUGGUUUUGUCUUGUAACAUCUGUUGUUGUCAGUUGUGGCGCUUAAGUGUUGCAGCUACUGUGAAAGGAUGGGUACCGCUACUGUGAAAGGAUGGGUACCGCUACUGUGAAAGGAUGGGUACCGCUACUGUGAAAGGAUGGGUACCGCUACUGUGAAAGGAUGGGUACCGCUAGUAGCAAGCUUACUUCUGGGAAGGAUGCAAUGGAUGCAUUCUGUGCAAAUUCAAGUUUUGAUGUUCUAAUUUGUGCCAUGCUGGAAACUGAGACUUUGAUUUUAAUAGUUAUUCAAUAAUUCACGAACCCAGUGGUGGCUUGGUCACGUGGUAACCCCAGACAAGUCAUGCAAAUGAUACUUUCCAUGUCUGAUAAUUCAAGUUCUAUUAUUCAAAUCAAUCUUAGAUGAUUAUCCUAGAUACACAAUUUCAAAAUAGGCAACUAUUACAACAAAUACUGACCCUGGUCACUUUGUCAUCAUUGUACCUGAACAGCUAGUGACGUGUACAGAAACGACCCUGACUUCUUAAUAUAGCUGGCCAUGGUCUGGACAAAAGGUGAUAAAAAAACUUGAAUUGUAAAGUAAUCAUCAGCAUCAACAUCAGCAUCAUCAACGUCAUCAGCAUCUUCAGCAUCUUCAUAUGUCAUAGCAGAAAAUUGUGUUUUUCCUGUCAAACGUUAUUUGUGUCUUCUUCAGUGAAGACUAAGGAUGAAAUAUUUUGUGAAUCUGACUACAGUGAAACAUUGUUCAUCUGGGUCUCGUUCCACAAAGUGAUCUUAGGGGUAGGACUAUCGUAAGCCUAUGCUAAACUAUAGAAGUUGCGAUCAUCUUAGCACAGAUCGCUUUUUGGAACAGACCCUUGUAUUUUUACUGUUAGGAAAAUGUCUAUGUGUACGAAGGACAUAGCGAUAGCAAUGAUUCUUUUAUUUUAAAAUUUGUUUCUUGGGGCGAUACCAGGUGAACGGUACAAUCAAUCAGUGAUCGUUAAACUUGAGCAAAUGAUGUAGAUUUUACAUUCCAAAUUCAAGACAUGUGGGGCACAAGGUGACCAAGUCAUCAAAGGCAUUGAAAAUGUUGGUGUGCAGAGAAAGCCAGAAUUCUGUGAGCAUGAGUUGGAAUUCUAGAUACACCCUGACAGUGAUUCAUGGAUUGUCAGCACCUGCUCAUGAUCAUGGGUUUCACCGUUAUCUGUGUGUCUGCAACAACCGAGGAACGGAACACAGGAAGUGAAGUGCAAGAAACAUGAAGCCAUUGUUGUUAUUUGGACUUCAGUAAAUUGUUAUCCAAAUUUUACAGCUGAUGGAAUGAGGCCCUUUUUUUAGUCAAAAUGAGCCCAACUCUGCAUCAUCACCUGACUUUGAGACUGUGUGUGGAGGAGAGGAAUGCAUGGCUAUGGUACAUAUUGCUAGGGCUGGGACAAGUCCAAAUAUACUACCCAGGUGCCUGACCCUCUAUUACCCAACCCUCCCCAGGUUCCCGCUUGUGGUCUCAUGAGUUGGGUAUGAAAUGUCCGAUUAGGAACUGUUAACCAGAACCCUGGCAAAAAGUAUUUUGAAACAUGUAUAAAACAAUCUUAUCAUGCAUAUGCCAAAGUUGACUGAAGUUUUAUCUUGACUCAAAUGGAUAAAAGUCAGAAAGAAUGCGUACAUAAUCAGAAAGAAAUGCAAACAUAAGCGACUUUUUUGUUAUUGUAAUUAAACAAUAUAACGCAUAACUAACCACGGGACCGGGUAGUACCUUGGGUACUGGGUCCUUCUUAGGACCCACCCGAGUAUCCGAGGUACCCAUCCCAGCCCAGCCCUACAUGGUAUACACCAUGUCAUGAGAGGAACAUUACAGUCCGUGGGAUGUAAGCUGAGUACUCAUUGGUUGAGCACAGUUUCCCCCCCGAGCCAGGCCUUGCUUGACUUGUUGGUUAAAAAUAGCGACUGCUCUGCAAAUGGACAGAUGAUGGAGGAACAUGGUGUGUACAAACUUGUGAAGUGCUGACAAUGAUGGCUGUGGUUUCAGCUUCCUGUCUGUGUGUCACUAUCACGCUGUUGACAUGAAUUGUAUAAAUAUUGUCCUGGGAGUACAAGAACACCAACAAUCAAAGACACCUGGUGCCAUUGUGUAGUCAGUCAAGCAUUGGUUCCUUGUUCUGAUUCAUUCGUAGCUCUAGCUUUUAUAAAUCCCUGCAAUUGCUAGAAGAUGAAUAUUCACCAAGGCCAAACAUGUUCCAAGUGUGAUAUCCCCAAAAGUGAAAUUGAAAUCCAUUUAUAUCCCACUUUGUGUGUGUAAUAAUUUCAGUGCUGUGAAAUUAAGAUUUUGUUGAAAAUGCACGUGAUCAUGGAUUGUUUUAGUAUGUUUCUGUUACCAUGGUUACAACCAAUUGAAUGCUAUUGUGAUAUUUUUGUGUAUUACUCUGAAGUAUGAACUUUACCUUUCUUUACUCAGCAUUAAAUUUGUAACUCGGCUACUUAUGAAUAUGUUGCUUUUGAGAGCUACAAAAUCCUAGUGUACUCACUUCAGGGCAUAUUUUUUUUUGGCUACAGAAGAACAUUGUUAGAACCAACUUGGACAUAACAAUAUUAAGAACUGGGCCCAAAUCCUAUGUUUACUAAAGCAUAUAAAAUUCAGACAGAAACAACUUGAUGAUGAAAUCUGCAUUAUUUAUAAAUUUGUGAUCUUUCGGGGAACCUCUUGUUUAAGCGGCUUUUCAGUCAGUUUCCACUACUCUCUGUGUGAAUUCAAUUAGAGCAUUUCAGACCUGUUUUCAAUGACUUUUGUUAUCACAGAAGUGCAAGCCUACCCUAAGAAAGACUUAACGACUUGUGUAUAUUCAUGGCAAUUGUAUUUAUUUAAUUUUGGUAACACACAAACUCCAGAAGCCAGGAAUCCGUAAAACACUCACAGGUCGGUGACCUCAGUACACAGGGCAUACAAAGUUAUUAACAUGAUUAAUGUGCUUUUCCGUGACCAAGUAUGUGAAAAACAAGGUUCUUGGACAAUUACAAAUCCACAUUUUCAAGAGGCCACCCUGACUGAUUAUUAAUGAUAAAUUUCUUCUUGCUUGCUUCUCAAUGCAGGUGAGCAAAUCAUAUCGAACUGACCAAUAAGCUUGAAGAAGAAAUGAUACUAUUUUCUUUCAACUACUAUGUAAGCACAAUCACCAAUACUUCACAAGUAUGGAGGAAUGAAGUGUUAACAAACCCGUGAAGUAUUGACGAUGUGUAAAGCGAGAACCAGUCCAUGUUGGAAGUAUCCUUUAACAUUGCUUGCUUUGUGACUUUACUAUUGUGCAUAUAAGCUAUCUGCUUGAUCUGUAUGUCUGUGAUUAUUGCUCUGUGAUUGUGGAGUGAUUAAUUAAUGUAGUUGUUAAUUUGUCCGUGUUGUGUAAGAUACGUCUGCUGAUCAUGACGGGAAUUCUUGUUGAGUUUUGUUGAUAAAUAUUUUGAUACACUGUACAUAAACCUUAUGAAAACCAUGUACAUGUAUGACAACUAUGCACUGUGUGUAUCUCCAGCACAAAGAGGAUGGUUAUUUCUUAAACAGAGCUGCAGCUGGAGUUUUGUCAUCAUGGAUUAUUCUGUAAUUAUUCCGUAAUGCUUUCAUAUGGCCUUCAGACAUGACUUUGUAAGAGAUGUACCUUGAGUAUUUUUUGGUUUUAGUUGUUUUUGUUCAGCAUAAUGAGUUUACUUUCUUAUUUAUAUCCCUCAUCCUUCUCCCUUAUGAUAUACUUGCUUGGUGGGUAGUGGGACCAGAAUGACUGAUAGGGUCAGUCUCGAUCGGUUUGCCAUCGAAAUGUACCCUGGGUAUCUAACGAUAUCGUCAAGUUGUACCUUGAUUUCUUUUGCCGUAUCGUUUUGUACCACGACCAUACCUAAGUGUACCCUGAUUUUGGAAAUCUUAUCAUCGUCUAUAUCGUAAAUGAAUUCCUGAUCGGUUUAUGGCAUUCAACAACAUGGCCGCCGCUCCCACCAGAAUUUCUCAAGAACUUGGAUCUGGAGACGGAAAUUAUUAUUUGUGAAAUUAAAUUAAAUAACACAGUUAGCUCUAAGUUUUUUUUUAUCAGGAAAUAUGGCCAUGACAUUUAUAUACAUAGAUGAUUUUAGAAAUAAGAAAUUGUAUGUUAUAUUCUUUCACUUUCUGUCAACAUUACCCUUGUACAAAGAGUUAUCUCCCCUUAUACCGUAAAGUGGGUUGAUGUUGCCCAUGCUGCUGAAAGAGAACAAGAAUUGGGGUACACUUAGAUAUGGCUUGGGUGCAAUACGGCAACGGACAUCUGGGUACAACUCGAUGUAUAGCUUUGUACCCAGGGUACAUUUCCAUGGUAAUCCGGACGAGGGUGACGCUAUCAGCAUGUUUGUCUCCAUGACCUUCAUCCAGCUAGGCUUCCGACCACAUUAACCAGACACUCUGUGAUGUUACUGUGAAACUGUUAAACUGGCAUCUGACCCAUCUCACUCACUAAUUCACAUUGGUCGCCUGUAUUUGGCUGAAAUUAUAUGUCAUGUACUUUAUGAACUUAGCCUUUGAGAAUGUUGGGCCUUGGUGGCCCAGCCAUCUAAAGCACUACAAUUUGCUGCGAAGAGUGAUGUCCCUUAGGCAUGCCAGAAACCUAUAUUAAUCAUGGGUUCGAAUCUCACAUUCAACCUGACUAUAGUUUCAAUGCCCGUGGGUUUCAUCAAAGUGCUAAACAUCUGAGACCUGCAUCAAUUUGGGAUUUCCUCCCACAUCAAGCUAACGCACCCUGAUUGAACUAAAAUACCGUACCACGUUUAGCUAAACCCAUCUCACUCACCUUAGAAUAGAGUGAGUUAGUGAGUAUGGUUUUAUGGCGCUUUUAGCAAUAAUCCAGCUAUAUCAUGGCGGGGGACACCAGAAAUGGGCUUCACACAUUGUACCCAUGUUGGGAUUCAAACCCGGGUCUUUAGCAUGACGAGCGAAUGCUUUAACCACUAGGCUAGCCGACCGCGCCCCUUAGAAUAGAAUUUAAAGUGCAACAUAAAAGGAUAUUUUGAUACUGAUAAGAGAGAAAGCAUCCUCAGUUUUCUACUUUAAUUGAUAUGUUUGAUAUCAAAAGACACUGUUUGGAUUCUCUGUACAUAUUGACAUGGGUUUAUCAUGGAAUAACAGCAAUAUCUCAAGUUGUAAAUAUCACUAAUAUAUUUUUUGUGUUCCCAAGAAGGAUUUCCUGAAGAUUGUCACAAAUAACUAAUUCAGGUCAACAUAUAUACAUCAAAAUAGUAAUCAGACUAUGCUGUUAGUGUUCCUGGUGGCUUUGUAAGGACACAGGAUGGUUACAAUGGUAGGCAGAUUUUCUCUUGUCUGUCGGGACACUAGUGAUUACGUUUUGGGAAAGGCAAUGACAAUUAAUGCAAAUGUUUUUCAUCAUUGUAUUUGUCAUUUGAAACAUGCAGUGUGAACAAAUCCGUUGAGGUUCAUCAAUGAAUUUCUAUUUUGACUGGUAAGAAAUUGGUUUUUAUGGUAGUUCUAUGAAUUUCUUAAUUGUCUGGAUUUUAACUGAAGAGUUAUCUGUCCUUGCCAGAGCUAUGCUGCCAUGGUUGCCAAUGAAUUUGUUUUUUGCUUUCUGAGGAAAAAAAGGGGAGAAUGCCUGGUGACAUGGUUAUUUAGAAAUAAGGUACUCAUAUACUACCCCUGUACAUACUUUUCUUCAUGUCUGUCGGGAGAAGAGGUUUCAUGGACUUGGAAAAAUUUCACUGGAAAGGGUAAAUGUUUUGAGGUACAUGGUACAUGGUACAUGGUACAAUGAUAGAAGCUGAUUCUUGGUCUUCACCAAUACUUCAUGGCCUUUAUGUACUCAGUUCCUCUCAUUGUCAAUACUUCAGUCAAAUAGUUUAUUCAUGUGACCUAGCCCGUCACGUUCAUAGGCCGUGGAGAUAUGGUCACAAUCGGUUAUACCACGGUUGGCAGUGAUCAAAAUUUACCUCGCACUGGUUCUUUGACAUAUCACAGGGACUGCGGUUUGUGUAAUCAUAUAUAUCUGUAAAUAUCAAAACAUUAUCUGUUAUCUGAGGGGAAGUUGCAUUCAUCAUCAGUCGAGCUGUACUGUUGAAACUUUCAUUGUAUUCACUUCAUGCCUCUACAUUUCAUCUUGUAAUUUUCACUGCUUGUGUUACAAAAAUGUCAAUUACUUCACUUAUGUUGUGUUCCAAGUUAUUUUUCAUCUAUUUCAUCAUAGGGCAAAGUAAUUAACCAGGUGGGGCUACAUCUAACCAAGAUGUCUAGAAAUUCAGUUAUUUCAGGAUCAAACAUCCAUUUAAAAUAUUUCCUGUUCCUACCUACAUGGAUCCUUCAUGUUGGCAAGGAUUGGUUUUCAUAGAGUAGCUGGGCACCAUUAUCCUACUUGUCACUUCAAUUCAUUGUGUAGAGUUGCAUCCCUUAGCCAUGCCAGGAUGUGCUGAUUGAGGUUGGAAUCCAAAAUUUCCCUGACUGUGGUCUUUGGUCGCUGUCAUAAGAGGGGACUAACGGGUGGUCAGACUUGCUGACGAGGUUGUUGCAUGCCAUCGUAUCCCAAAUGCGUGGAUCGAUGCUCAUGUCAGUCACUGGAUUGUCUGGUCCAGAUUCGAUUAUUUUUGACCGCUGUCAUAUAGCUGGAAUAUUGCUGAGUGCGGCAUAAAACAACAACAAACAAACAAAAUCUUUGGUUUGCACUAUUCUCAUGUGUUUCACCACUAAUACAUCAAUGACCUUGUGACCCUGUGCUGUCACUGACAUAGUGGUCAAACUGGGCCUGUACUUGUUGUAGGAGGCAGCCGCAGGUCCACGGUGAUUGCAUGGGAUGUUGUUCAUAAUAUCAAUCACUGGUUUGUCUUAACCACUCAUUUAUUUCCUUCCGACCAUUUUAUAGGUGGGUGUUAAAAAUCGUAAGAUCAUAGAGAUGUAUAGCUGAAACCAAUUAUUUAUAUACUAUAUUGACAAAUGUAUUUAUAUUUUUUUUAGAUAUGUAAUUAAUUCAUUUUUGCUAGGGAGUUAAAACAAGAUAAUAUAUUCUUAAAUGUCUUUCCCAAAUUUCUAUUUUUCAUUUGUAUUAUACCUGAUAGUAAAAUAAAUCUUGCUUUAAGACAGCUUUUAAGAAAUGAUUGCUUACACAUUCCAGAAAAUUAUUCUUAAAUAAGAAAUUAUUACAAAGAACAAAGGUGUAUUGUGUUUACUAAUUUCUUCAUAACAUUGAUAGAUGACGUAAACUUUGUACCUAGAUGAGGUAAUUUGUCCAUUAAUAAAGGAGAGAAAAAGUAGACCAUGGGUUACUAGUUUUAAUGAUGCUAAAGAAAAUGAUUUUUCUUGUAGGACUGUUGGAAUGAAUGGUGACACUUGUCAAAUAUUCUCUUCAACAGAGGGGUACCAGUAUCUACGAUUUGUUUUGUGGGAAAACAUCUAUAUACAUGUUUAUGUUUUAGUUGCAAUCGAUCAUAUAAUAAACUAACUUACUGGGUUUGCUGACAAUAUUAGAACAUAUAACAAGACCAUUUUCCACUAAUCCUAUUUAUAUAACAGCUAUAAGUAAAGUACAGCAUUAUGUAGCAGAAAGCAGAUCUAGUCAGAUGACGCAAUGUGUACUUUGUAAACUUUUGUUCCUUUAAUUUGUGAAAACAACGUCAUGGAUUUCCAUUUUACAGUGUAAGCAUUGUUUAUAGCGCACAUAUUUUGCAGGUGCAAUUAUCACCUCUCACCAUAGUACUGUAAUCUACUGCUCCUGAUAUAAUCAGCAUUGAUACAAUAAAACCUUAGGCCUUACACCUAAUAAUAACAGUAAGAUUGUUUUGAUAAUAAUAAUAAUAAUAAUAUCGCCAAACAUUUGGAAUUGCCUGAAUGCAGACAUCUUUUGUUUAAUACUUGAAAAGAAAAACAAAACAGUUCAAAACACAUGUCAAAUUCAAGUUAUUAUUAAGAGGACCAGAACAGGGAUGACUUUUUAUUUCCACACACCGACUUCAAUUAAGUCUCAAAGCACCCCCCCAAAUAUCCUGUUGAAACACUAUUUUUUAUUUCGACCUUCAAACCAAAUGUUUAGGUAAUAAAAUCUGGCCAAAGGAAACUAUAGAAUAUAUAUUUAUUUGCAAACAUUAACAUACAGCCUGAUUGUGGAAACUUAUUUUUUGUUGAACAUUUCUGAUAUGACUACACCAGCUGCAAUAUUUUGUUUACACCCUAUGUAAGUCUUCAAUAUAUCUUUUAAUAUAUAGGCAAUGACAACAACAGUAUUUGGGUAUGUUUUUUCCAUCCUCUGUUUGUUUGAAAUGAAUCCAGAGUUAUUUUACUCCAAUAACCAUACCAACAAACAUGACUUGAGGGUCAUGGAAUAAUUUUACUGUUUUCAAAUCAAAAGGUGCCUGUCCAAUAGUUGCACUUUGGUAAUAAAUGCCCCAAACUAAAAAUAUAUCUUUUGAUUUUAUAUUUAUCGCUAUAUAUGCAAUUAGUGAGGAUUCCUUUUUAAUGUUGUCAUGAAGAGUAAACAAAAUACCUCAUGUGACAGGACCCAUUUGUCGAGUGGGCUGCGAUUCUCAAUGUAGGAUCUGUUGAGAGCGACGUUAAACCCAACUCACUCACUCACUCACUCACUCACUCACUCACUCUUAAUAUGAGUAUAAGGUAGGUGUAAGUUAAUCAUUAGAUUUUCAAUCAUCUUUUCCUUAAAAGGUGGGAGGAAGUUUACUUUUGAUUUCUUCCAAAGAAAGACCUUCAUCCAUGGCACACUGAACACAUUUACUUUGGCAAUGGAGUGAAACAAAUAAACUUUUGUAGAAAUAAGGUUGGAGUGAUAAUGCAAGGGAUAUUUUAUGUUGUCUUGAAUAAGAACUGGCUCUUUUGAAAAGCCAGCAAAGAAUAGAUGUACUCUUAAUACAACUGUUACCAUGGUUAUAGGAUCCUUUUUUGAUAUUUUGGCAUAAUGAGUAAUUUUACAGUUAGAUCUCUGAAGAAGGUCCUAGUACCUUUCAUUUCUUUGGGAAAGUAGUUGGGCCAUCAGUGGAACAAAAACAGUACAUUUCAAGAGCUUUGCAAUCACAGAUCAUCAGUUAAACAGUGCCUUAAAGCCAUGUGUUGCUUCUGCAGUGUUUAGUUGUGAAGUUGGAUUUUGUUGAUUACAUACUAUAUGUGGUUAAGUGAUCAUCUGUAAGUGGACUUGGUGUGUGCCCUUGGAGCUCUACACCAGUCCACAUGCAGACCCAGGAGGUGUGCAUUUCCUGUGUUCCUAAGAUACUGUUUUAAAAUAUGAAAAGUCUAAAUGUGGAUUUUCACCCAUAAGGUUCCUUAUCUCAUGGUUGGUCACUUAUAAUAAAACUACUAAGUCAUUUGGUCAAACAUAACUAGUAACUGACUAAUUUGGGGCAAAAGAAAUUCAAACAGUUUUCUGAAUUAUGUGCUAGCAGUUUACAAGUACACCAAUACAUUUUAUUAAAAGCUGUAUCUGUGCUUGUGCAUGAAAAUGCAAAGAAUGACAUGUACAGUUCUUGUCAACCAAGGUUAAGUUCCAGCUAAGUUAAACUGUUUUGUGUUGGGGCUCCAUGUGAGUCCGUAUACAGUAAUACCUUGCUCCGUAUUGGUGAGAGGCUUGACCCUUCAGUGGUCACUGUCCACAGGGUCAUCGCCCAACAGAUUCUGCACCAUUUUCCUUCAUCUUUUGUUUGUUGGUUUUAUUAUUGUAGAUGCUAUUUUUAGUUGAUUUACUUGUUGACAUGUGGGAUAAACAUGAUUGGAAAAUAAAAGCAUGACUAUC